GAGGGCGGCAGCGGCGGGGGAGCGCGGUGCCCGGGCCCUUCCCUGCUGCUCAGGACUCACACGGCCACGGCGGAGGCGGCCCAGGCAGCAGCACCAGGAGCCCAGCGGGGGAAGACAGCCGUAGCCAUGCGUGAAUGUAUCUCGAUCCACGUGGGCCAGGCCGGAGUCCAAAUCGGCAAUGCCUGUUGGGAGCUCUUCUGCCUGGAGCACGGCGUCCAGGCCGACGGCUCCUUCAACAACCAGGCCAGCAAGAUGACCCACGACGACUCCUUCAGCACCUUCUUCAGCGAGACCGGCACGGGCAAGAAUGUGCCGCGGGCCAUCAUGGUGGAUUUGGAGACCACAGUUGUAGAUGAAAUCCGAAUGGGCACCUACCGCCAUCUCUUCCACCCGCAACAGCUGAUCACGGGCAAGGAGGACGCGGCCAACAACUACGCCCGUGGCCACUACACCAUCGGCAAAGACAACAUUGACUUAGUGCUGGAUCGCACCCGCAAGUUGACAGAUGCCUGUUGUGGGCUGCAAGGCUUCCUGAUUUUCCACAGUUUUGGGGGCGGCACCGGCUCCGGCUUCACCUCCCUGCUCAUGGAGAGACUUUCCCUGGACUACGGCAAGAAGUCCAAGCUGGAAUUCGCCAUCUACCCGGCCCCGCAGGUGUCCACGGCCGUGGUGGAGCCCUACAAUUCUAUCCUGACCACCCACACCACCCUGGAGCACUCGGACUGUGCCUUCAUGGUGGACAAUGAGGCCAUCUACGACAUCUGCCGCCGGAACCUGGACAUCGAGCGCCCCACCUACACCAACCUGAACCGCCUCAUCAGCCAGAUCGUCUCGUCCAUCACCGCCUCUCUGCGCUUCGACGGGGCCCUCAACGUGGACCUGACCGAGUUCCAGACCAACCUAGUGCCCUACCCCCGCAUCCAUUUCCCGCUGGUCACCUACGCGCCCAUCAUCUCCUCAGAGAAGGCCUUCCACGAGCAGCUGUCGGUAGCCGAGAUCACCAACGCCUGUUUUGAGCCCAACAAUCAGAUGGUCAAAUGCGACCCGCGGCACGGCAAGUACAUGGCCUGCUGCAUGCUCUACCGGGGCGACGUGGUGCCCAAGGAUGUCAACGUGGCCAUCGCCGCCAUUAAGACCAAGAGGACCAUCCAGUUUGUGGACUGGUGCCCAACGGGCUUCAAGGUGGGCAUCAACUACCAGGCCCCUACCGUGGUGCCCGGGGGAGACCUGGCCAAAGUGCAACGGGCCGUCUGUAUGCUGAGUAACACCACGGCCAUAGCUGAGGCCUGGGCCCGGCUGGACCACAAGUUUGACCUGAUGUAUGCCAAGAGGGCCUUCGUGCACUGGUACGUCGGCGAAGGCAUGGAGGAGGGCGAGUUUUCAGAGGCCAGAGAGGACCUGGCGGCUUUGGAGAAAGACUAUGAAGAAGUGGGCACUGACUCCUUUGAAGAAGAAAAUGAAGGAGAGGAAUUUUAAAUAUAGUGUCCUCUAGGUCUUAGCUCGUGUGCCUCCUUUCCUAUUCAUUUUUCCCUCACUGGGGCGUCUGUUUCCUCGUUCAUCUCCCCUCCCACGGUGCCUCUUACCUGUUCAUCUCUGCUCCUGGGUCCCAUUCUCUUUGGAGAAUCAGGGAUCCCAGAUCCUCUUGGGAGCUGGCCUUUCAUCCGGGGCUGUGCCUGGAAAGUCUGGAUGCCCUCUCACCUUCCUCCAGAUCUCCUGGGAGAAUAGGCCGUUGAAUGUUCAGGGAAGAGGGGAUGUGGAGACUGGGGCCGAUGCCACCAAAAGAGCCCACUUGGAACUCCAUUCCAGGCUGGGUCAACCAGGUUUGACUGUCCAGGUCUGGGGGUGGGGCAUCUGGAGGGAAAGAGGAGAUGAUGAUGGCUUAUAUUCAGUCUCACAACUAAGUCGGUAGUGAGUAAAUCAGAUAAGACAGAGCCCAUAUCGGUGACCAGCCCAGGCACUUUAUGAGUGAGGACUGUAGCCCAAGGUGACAGAUUGAAGAGAGCAGAUGCCCCCUCAGCCCACCUACCCCUGACCAGGAGACUCUUCCCAAAAGGGGACUCCUG